UAAAGCGGCGUUAAAGAUUUUUACCAGCCAACAAGGAAGAUAUGCGAUUUUUAACAAUGGGUCUACGAUAAUGGACUAGGUCACUAGGGCUUGGGUAUUUUUUUUUUUAACUUUAGUGGAAGCGAGCUUGUAAAGAUAGAAUAGGAUUUACGAUUACAAAUCAAAAGUCAUGGCUGGCAAUGGAAACUACCAUUAUUCGCACAUUGGAUAUAAUUCGGAUAGAGGUAAGAAGAAGCUGUGGUUCAUAAAAGAUGGAUGUGGUGUGUUUUGUGCUGGAAUCACAUGGGGUUUAGUUUUUUAUGCACAGUUUGUUGUGCUAGCUGUUCUCAUCAUUCCAAAUAUUUCUAAAAGUGCUGUGUAUAGCACUUUUAAUGGUCUACUUUUCAAUGCUUUGGCAAUACUUGCACUGACAUCACACUUCAAGUCAAUGACUACAGAUCCUGGAGCUGUACCAAAGGGAAACGCCACUAAAGAGAACAUUGAAAGCCUUCAACUUAAACCAGGACAAAUAGUAUAUAAGUGUGCAAAAUGCUUCAGCAUUAAACCGGAGAGAGCUCACCACUGCAGCGUUUGCAAGAGAUGCAUCAAGAAAAUGGAUCACCAUUGCCCAUGGAUAAAUAACUGUGUGGGAGAAGCAAAUCAAAAAUACUUUGUCCUUUUCACAUUAUAUAUAGCAGCAAUCUCACUACAUGCCCUAAUCAUGGUUGUUAUUCAUUUUGUUCAGUGCUUUGAUACACAGUGGCAAGCAUGUAGUAUAUUUUCACCGCCAGCGACUAUCAUUCUUCUGAUUACUCUCACAUUUGAAGGUCUUUUAUUUUUUCUAUUUACUUGCAUCAUGUUCUGCACACAGUUGCAUUCUAUGUGCUAUGAUGAAACUGGUAUCGAGCAACUUAAAAAUGAGAAACAUUAUCAGGGGAGAUCUAAAUGGCUGAACAUCAAAUCUGUAUUUGGUGACAAAUUCUCUUAUGACUGGUUCCUUCCAUUUUAUCAACCAGUGACAGCUAAACAGGAUGUUUAUCAGUACAUUGUGUAAAUUGGUGUAUUUUAUGUCAAUAUCGGUAAUAAUAAAUGGUACACCCGUAGUAUGUGUACAAGGUUAGGGUUAAGCCAUAAUUUUAUUCCGAUUUUCCCUAUUUUAGUUCUAUUACGAGUUCGGGGACUGUCUGUGUUAGCCAAGUGAAUAUACCCCCUACCCAUAAGCUUCCGCCCCUUUACACAACUUGAUGUAAAGUAGGCAAACUUACUAGUCGUAGUUACUUUCAUAUUGGUACACAACUUAAAUAUAUCAGUUGCCUGCUUCUUUUUGAUCUGUAAUUUCAAUGACUAUUUAUAUUUAUUCAUUCCAUCAUUCAGGCUAGUAUUAUAAAAUCAAAAAUAUUUCAUAUUUCGAGUGAGCCCAAACAUUCCUCAUACGAUAAAUGUACUUUAUUCAUUUAUUUGUGGAAUUUACAUUAGUUUUGUUCUAACAUUAAAAACAUUUCAGUAUCACAAUAAUGAUAAUGACAUAUUUGCUAAUAACAACUCCCUAUCUAUUUCAAUUUGAAAUCAGUUUGAUAACCACCUUUUCGGCAUGAUGUACAUUGGUACACAAUAUGAUUAUUUAAACACAUUUUUAACUUAUCUUUUGUUUAUAAAAAACAUAUGCUUAUUUUUCUGACAUUUUUUUGUGAAUUGUGAUACUUUUGAACUCUAUUAUCCUUAAUAAUAUGCAGUUGAAUACAAAGUACUGGUAAAUAGACCAUACGAAUUUUGAGAUCUCACAAAGGCAUUUGAAUUUUAGCUGACAUCUUACCAUCGAAUUUUUGACAUAUUUAAAUUCUAACAAUGGUCAGGUUAUGCCUAGUUACUAUGUUGGUUGAACAUUACUGUGAACCUGAUACAUUUCAUGUGAAGUUUUCGCUUUAUUUUCACACAUUAUUUUAUUAUUCUUUUUUAAUUAAUAAUGCAGUAGAGACUAGUUGCGUGGACUUUUCUAAUGCUAUACCUUUUUAUCAUGAAUAUAUACUGAGUUUAGAUGUUAAUUAGGGUUUUUGCAAUAAUCCAAGACCACACCACAGUUUUUGGAAUUAUAGCUGAAUAAAUACUUCCUUUUGUGUGUC